ACCUUAGACUUCAUAUUAAUCAUAUAAUUCAUCAAAUACCCAUCACCCAUAACAGAAAAAAAAGACCUGUUGUUCAUUUUUGAAGUCUCUGCAACUUCCCAUUUUCUUACAAAUCGAAGAAAUAAUGGCUACCCUCACUGCAAGCAAUCCAACUUCACUGGUUGUGAGAACCGCCGGCCUCGUCCAGAGGCGUUCGGCUGGCGCCAUGGCGUCGCCUGUUCUUGGGUUGCCAGUACUGGUGAAGAAGGGUCGUGUGGUGUGUUCAAUGGAGGAGAAGCCUUCUGCAUCUAACAACAAUUCAAGCAUGGGCAUGACUGCAUCAUUGGUGGCAGCAGCAACUGCGGCGGCGAUGUCGAGCCCGGCGGCUUUAGCUUUGGUGGAUGACAGAAUGACCACAGAAGGAACAGGACUUCCCUUUGGUUUGAGCAACAACGUACUUGGGUGGAUCCUGUUGGGAGUUUUUGCUCUCAUCUGGGCUCUCUACACUGUUUACACUUCCACUCUUGAUGACGAUGAAGAAUCAGGAUUGUCCCUCUGAGUGAAAAGACCAAAGCCCUUCUUAGAAAUGAGAUUUGGUUAUGGAAGGAAUGUAGAGAUCUAGCAAAAUGGAAGAGGUUGGGCCUUUGUAUGUUUGUUUGAUCAGAACCACCUUUAUGUAUUAAAAAGUUCUGUAAUUGUUUUUUCCUUUUUUGGGUUCUUCUACCUUCCCCACUUUUUAUUUUCAUUUCUAGUUAAUUAUGGAACCUGCAACUUCCAAGGUUGGAUCAAUUUAAACCCAAAUAGGGAAGAGUCAGCCGAGCCUUUCUGGAAAAUUUAGUUGAAGAUUUGGGUUUC